CACCAUCGAGCAGAGCUCAGGGCGACAUAUGCCUCUUUCUUCACCGUCGCCGAGAAAAGCCAGUGGAAAAUCUGCGUCUCCAUCUCCUCGCAAGUCUGCUGACGUCUCCAAGACAUCCAGACAAGAGCAACCGGCCAGCAACGUGCGCCCACUACAAGCAGGUGAGCCUGGCAUUGGCCCCUCAUCGAGCGAUCUUACUCUCCGCAAUGGCACCUUGAGCACUGACAGCAGGGUGGAACAAGUCGGGAGAAGGACUGGGGUGGGCUAUGCGGGACUCAACGUCAGUGCGGAAGACUUGGAAAAUGCCAACGCCGAUGAUCCGAGAGCUAUUGUUUGGUUCGACAUUGACAAUACGCUGUACCACAAGUCGACCCGCAUUGCUCAAUUGAUGGGCCAGCGCAUACAUGCUUAUUUCCUGGGCUUGGGACUGCCAGAGGCGGAGGCGAAGGCUCUUCAUACCAAAUACUACAAGGAGCAUGGUCUAGCUAUUCGCGGCUUGCUGAAGCACCACAGAGACAUCGAUCCCCUAGAUUAUGACCGUAGAGUGGACGGCUCCCUGCCAUUAGAUGAGCUUCUAAAGCCAGAGGCCGAGCUGACGGCUCUCCUCCGAGAUUUGGACCGCACGAAAUGUCGAGUAUUCGCAUUGACCAAUGCUUACAAGAGUCAUGCUUUGCGCUGCAUUCGCUUGCUUGGACUGGAAGAUUUCUUCGAUGGAGCUCUCUACUGCGACUAUGCUGCUGGCCCGCUCUUCUGCUGUAAGCCCGACUUGGGCUACUACCAUGCAGCAGCAGAGAUCGUGGGUACCAGAGACACUACGAAGUUCUAUUUUGUCGAUGAUAGCGAGAAGAAUAUUAGGGCUGCCAAGGAGCUCGGCUGGCAAUCUGCGGUGUUUUACAAUGAGCCCGAGCCAGAAAACGAGGCGGCCCAGCGCGCCCGUGGAGUGCAGGAGACGCAAGAAGAGCGUGAAGCAGUAGAUACUCUGAAUUACGGAGGCCUGACGAUGAAUGGAAGUGCUCAGUACUUGGACGAGAAAGCAGUCACCCAGCAAGUACGGUCUCUUUCUGUCUCCCAACGACUCAAGCUGUUCGACAUCAUCCUCACUUCUGCGCUGCCGAGUGAGAUACCAUCUAUGCAGAGAGCUUGGAAGCGCUAUAUGUCAUCCACGAAAGAUGUGGUCAGCACUAUUCCGGAAGGCCUGUGUAUCGCAAUUUUCCAGAAGCUGCCAAUACGUGAGCUGCUUCGUUGCCGCCUGGUAUCAAAGAAGUGGCUACGGAUAGCCUCCCAUCCCCAACUAUGGCGAUCUCAUGCCCUGGCACUCACCGAGUCCGAUACUGACGCUCUCAUCCCGCCCGAAGACGAACGACACUGGGAGGACAUCGUCAAGAACCUCUACCUACGUGAGCGCAACUGGUCUCUUGGACUCGCGCAGACCGUACAGCUGUGUGAAGGCCACACUGGAUUUGUAACAUCGAUGAAGUUGCGCGGCAAGGACACGCUCGUGACAGGAAGCUACGAUGGUACCAUUCGCAUAUGGAAGCUAUCUUCCUCUGAAGCGCCAGUCUGCAAAAAAGAGAUCAAAGCCGAGAAGAUUGCGUGUCUGGACUUUGUUCUGAUGGGCCGAGGUCAAGGCAUCAUUGCAGCAGGACUGUACGAUGUUGGAAGAACUCUGAUGUUCGACUUGCGGACCGGUGAGCAGCUUCAGACACUUGCAGGCCACAACAAGGGCAUCCGUCACGUCGCUGUCAACCAGUCCUAUGUAGUGUCGACUGGACAGGACAAAUCGAUCUGCGUCUUCGAUCAUCGAACAGGAGAACGAAUUAUACGCUUCGGACAGCAAUUGAACGUCUCCCUCGGCGUCUGCCUGGUGGACACCGACAAACUGGUGGCAGUGACCGUUGAUGGCAUCAUCAGGUCCUUCAGCAUCCGGACCAAAAAGAUGCUGGGAGAAUUUGACAUCUCGAAGCUGAGUGGAGCCAGAGGGGAGCAUGCUGAUGCCAUGAAAGCACUGACGGGCGACGGAGGCAUGCUAUCCUGGUUUGCUGCCGAUGGCACUUCACUUACUGUAGCGAGCAAGUCACUUGUGGCACACUUGCAAUGGAGAGAGCACAUUGUCCCUGUGCGGGCCCGUAAAGACUCUGCCGAAAGCUCGUACUCUGCAUCGCCGCGUCCCGGCGCGGAGUCGAAAGCCAGCAGCUCCUCAUCUGUGAGCACCGUAUCGACUCCCGCACGACGCAGUGGCACUUCGACACCGGUCCGCAUCACCACAAGCAAAGGCGAGGCUCCUUUUACGACUUCAAAGCCCUCCAGUCGAAGCGCAGCACCACCUCAGUCUCCUGUGACCGCGAGGUCGUCUUUGUCGCCAUCGACCCCUGGUCGUCCGACCAGCGUAAGGACCGCCGUGACCUCUCCAACGCCUGCGGUGUCGUUGAGAGCAUCGCAGGCUAACGUGACCCCAUCGAAAUUCGGCUCAUCUCCUUCUAUACAGAGUUUCGGACGUACAGAGUCCAGCACAUCCCUCGACGAUGCCGAAACGGCAGCGACGCGACUAGCUCCCGACCUGACAAUCCCUCCUCGGCUGACCUCAGUCCUCAGGACGCCCGAGGCGGCAGUGGGUGUGGUCGAUCCGCAGAAGCGUCGCAUGGUCUGCGCCAAUCGUUUCACAUCUAGAGCCGGAGUCGAACGAAGGCUCUACACUAGCACGUAUACAGAUAGUCAGGAAGGCGGUAGCGAGGCUACUGCAGACCAGACAGGCGGGCCUGCUGAUCGCUUUGUUCCCAUCAGGGGAGCGUGGGAGGCACGUGCCGCAGAGCUCUCCACGCCGGAGCGCAACCCGAUGGCGAUGGUUCUCGAUCACGAGUCGAUCGUGGUGGGUUGCAGCGAUGGGUUGGUGUAUCGUAUCGGAUUUGUCGGUGAGGAACACUCGCCUUCGUUCAACAAGGCCGUCGAGACCGCUCCGGUGUCAGAGGUGGGAGACGCGACGAUCACUGACCUGAUUCAGCUGCGUGGCGUAGAGGGAUGGAAGGACCUCUUCCUGCCAGAAGGAACAAAGGACGACCACCCUGGAAGAGUCAAGGUGGAUCUGGUGAAGAAGGUAGGGUUGCGUUGAGUAAGGCGUGAGGAUUGGCGUGGUCAAAUUGCAAUGUCUAUCAAUUGCAAUGAACAAUGAAGCUUUCUUAGAACUGAAUUUAACAGCGACGGAAAGCAAAAAGAAACAAUUUUUUCGAC